AUGGCCCCAGAUAGGAGGAGGGCUGCUGCAGCGGCCCAGGCAGCUUCGCCCCGUCCGACAGCUCGGGCGGCCACGGAACGCGAGCCCUGGCUGUGCAAAUCCUGCAAGACCAGCAAGGGCACGCGGUUCCGCAACAGCGGUUGGAGCCUCGCACGCGCCGGCUGCAAGCUCCACAAGGGCAUCUCGUUCGGGGAGGUCGCGCCCAGCGGGGGCGGCAGCCCCACGGCCCCCCGCAACCGCAGCCCCAAAUUGUCGCAGUCCGAGCCCACCGGGGAUUUCGCCCCCUGGCAGUACGAGACCAUGGAGAAGAAGAUCCGCCAGCAGCUCGAGGCCAAGCACAGCAAGGAGCUCGAGCAGGCACGCCGUGAAGGCGCCGCGCGCGCUGGUGUCGGCGACACCGCGGCCGCCCCGUCUCCGCCCGAGCCCCAAGGCGAUGCUGCGGAGGAUCUCGCACGCAUCAAGCGGCUCACGGCCCUUGUCCAGGCGGGCGAGCACAUGGGCGACACGGAGAAGGACAACGUGCUUCGCUGGAAGACCGAGCUCGACGCCCUCCGGGCGAAGCGCCAGGAGACCCUCCCCAUCGGGAAGCGCUACGCCGCCUGCAACCGCGACAUCAAGCGCCUGGAGGGCCUCGCGGCCACGGUCGCCAAGGACAUCGCGACCACCAAGGCCGACAUCGAGCGGCUCGAGGUCAAGCUGGCUCUGCAGCAGGAGCAACAGGCCAAGCACGACAAGGACCUCACCGCGGCGCGCGCUCUCCUCGGCGACCUCGGGAAGCAGCGGCUCCAGGGCGGGAAGGAGCCGGAGGUCAUCCCCGUCCUCGAGAACGUCGUCGCGAAGCUCGAGGACCACCUCGACGGGGCUGACGCGCUGGAGAUCAGCCAGGAGUUCCAAGAGGCCAAGGACCGCCUCCUCCAGAAAAUCUCGGAGGCCAAGGCGGCAUGCGACCGCGCCACACCGGCGCCCCUCGAGGCCCCGCAGCCCGCGGUCGCCCAGGUCCCCACCACCACGGUCUGGGACACGGCAGCCACCAGCCGAGCCUUCCUUCAGUCCCUCGGCCAGCAGGUCCCCGAGGACGACGAGGAAGCGCGGAACGCUGCGAAACGCUGCGCCGAAGCUCACCAGGCGGCCACUCUUGCAGCCAAGCGCGCCAGGGUGGACGACGCCGACGAGCAGCAGCAGGCCAAGGAGGCCAUCCGAGCUGCGGGCGAGCACGCCGAAGCCCAGGGGCGUGAGGCCAUGGGGCGGCAGGCGGCUUCCGGCCAGCCUCCGGACGCUCUGUUUGACGGCAUCGGGCUCGUGGAGCUGCACCGCUCCGAGAGCCACGCCAAGACCAUCAUCAAGGCCUUCCGCAAGGACGGCUGGAAGGCGACGUACUCCCCGGGUGUCUCCACGGGCAAAGGCGGCGUCACGGGUGGCGAGGUGAUGGCGGCCCGCGCCCACCUCCAGGCCACCACCUUCGACCACUGGCGCGACCCCAAGGGCGACGCGCUGUGCGGGUUCGCGCCCAUAGUCCUGCACACCGCUGCGGGCAACAUCGUGGUCGCGGUGCUCUACCUCCACCCUGCGUUGGGCUUCGGCAAGCACAACAAGGCUACGCUCGUCGCCCUGGAGGCUUUCCUGGCGGUGCAGCGCGCCCCGUGGAUUGUGGUCGGCGACUGGAACCACGACCCGCAGCAGCUCACCCAGUCGCAGUGGAUCGGCAAGCUCGGAGGGGAGCUCGUCCUGCCCGACGUGGCCGCCACCUGCGACAAGGGCCAGGGCCGCCUCCUCGACUUCGGCGUUGCCAAGGAAGGGUACGCGCACCUCUUCAAGCUGGAGGCCUACCUGCAGGUGCCGUGGGCCACCCAUUGCGGGCUCCAGCUCACGCUGCGAGGCGCCCGCCAGCGUUGGUGGUACCAGGCGCUGGGCGCCCCUCGCAGCCUGCCCGCGGCCCAGCGCCCCAAGGCCGAGGCGCGGCCUGACAGCAAGCGGACCAGGCAGCGCCAGGCAGCCCUGGCGAAGAGGGCGGCCAUACUCCCGUCGGAGCUCGGCCGCGAUUUCCUCGACGCCCACCUGGCAGCCGUCUGUCGGGCCAGCAGCGAGGACCCGCCGCGCACGGGCGACCUCACCG